AUGACAAGUAAAAUGGGUAGUAGUGUCUUUCCAACUCCAAAUUCUCCAACGAAUUCUCCGAGACACAUCAUUCAUACAAGAGGCGCGUUAGCUGCUGUUGGUGCAAAUAAUUAUACACAGAAUAAUAAUGAUCAAUGCGAUACAUGUGGCUAUGGUGGUCGUUUAAUGUGCUGUGACUCUUGUCCGAAAGCUUUUCAUUUUACAUGUUUGGUACCUCCUCUUGAUGUUGAUAAUCCACCAAAAGGAAAUUGGUAUUGUCGUGAAUGUAAAAGUGAUAAGUCUUCACCAUCGAUGCCAGCACAAGGUCCUUUCCAGGAAUUGAUAUAUAAAGCCCGUUGCUCAAACCCAAAAUCUUAUUUGUUACCAGAGCAUGUUAGAAAUGCAUUUGAAGAUGUUGGCACAGGUCCUCAUGGUGAAUAUGUAGAUACAAACAAAGUCAAGUUUGAACAAAAAGAUCGGAAUGGGUUCACAUUGGAACCUGAUCAUCACCGUAUGCAAGAUGAUAAUGGAAAACUUGUUCGUUGUUUUUCAUGCAAACUUCCUCCAAGCAAGUCGAAACCAGUAAAGUCUUGUGAUUUUUGUGAUCUUCAUUGGCAUUUCGAUUGUUUGGAUCUUCCAUUAGUAAUUGCUAUACCAGCGAACAAAAAGUGGAUGUGUCCAUGCCAUGCAGACCAUGCGUUG